AUGUGCCAGCGGGAGCUUGAGGAAAAACACAUCCAAGCCCAGUCAAGGUGGAAUCAGUGGAAGAAAGCAACUAAUAAAUCACUAAAAAGAAUUAUGGAGAAUAUCAAAGAAUUAAUCUCUUAUCUGGAAUUGUGGAGAUACGACAUCCAUAGCAUUGAGGAGAAAUUUGGCACUGGGAUCAAGUCCUACUUCUCUUUCUUGCGCUUCCUGGUGGUGUUAAAUGUUGUCAUUUUCCUUCUCCUGUUCAGCUUUAUCACCCUUCCCACUGCUCUCGUUAGACACGGAGUUGUUAAUGGCAGCUACGUGAAAGUUCUCCCAGAAACAGAGCCAGAGUGCACCGUUUAUGCGAUCAGCAACACCAAGGGACUGGUCUACUUUUACAGUUAUAUUAUAGAUCUGCUAUCUGGCACAGGUUUUCUUGAAAUGACCGGCCUCUUUUAUGGCUACUACUCAGUGGACAACGUGUCUUUGGGUCUGCCGGAAUACCAUGUGCCCCUGGCGUAUUUGCUGAUCACGCUGGCUUACCUUUCGGUCAGCUUUGUCUGGAUUAUCAAACGCUCGGUGGAAGGUUUUAAGCGAAGCUUGAUAUACAACGAAGAUCCGUUUCAGAGCUACUGCAAUAAAAUUCUGGCUGGCUGGGAUUUCUGCAUUACAGAUGUAAACGCCGCGCGGCUGAAACACAGCAGUUUACUUUAUGAACUUAGAGCAGAUCUGGAGGAUGAAAGAUCAAGACAGAAGGCAGCAGGCAGAAGCCUUAAAGAGAAAACGCGUAUUUAUUCUUUGAGGAUCUUCUUAAACUGUGUCGUUUUGGCUGUCCUGGCAGCUUGUUUUUAUUCCAUCUAUAGAGUAACCGUCUAUUCACAAGAACACGCUUUCCCCGAAAACAACGUCAAAUUGGACGACCUCUUUGUGCAGUAUUUACCGUCUAUGGUGAUCACGCUCGCCAACUUUUUUGCCCCGCUGAUUUUUUCAUUUCUCAUCAAAUACGAAGACUAUUCGCCCGUCUUUGAGAUACGGUUAACUCUGAUCAGGUGUGUCUUUGUACGCUUGGCCAACAUCGUUGUCCUUUUGUUUUCGCUGUGGACUCGGAUCACGUCCUGUGCUGACAAGUGCAAGACAUGUGGAUAUAAUUACAGCCUUUAUCCAUGCUGGGAAUCUCGAGUUGGCCAGGAAAUGUAUAAAUUGAUGAUCUUUGACUUGAUCAUCAUCUGUGCUAUUAUAGUCUUCAUUGACUUUCCUAGGAAGUUGAUUGUUACCCAUUGUCCCGUCAAGGCCUUCCAGUGGCCUGGGCUGCAGGACUUUGCCAUCCCGGACAAUGUCUUGGAAAUAGUUUAUGGACAAACCAUCUGCUGGAUUGGAACCUUCUACUGUCCUCUCCUCCCGGCAAUUGCAGCCGUCAAAUAUUUCAUUGUCUUUUACGUUAAAAAGCUAAGCUUGAUGCACACCUGUAAACCUUCGGCCCGGCCUUUUAGGGCCUCCAGUUCCAACUUCUUCUUCCUGGUGGUGCUCCUGAUUGGUCUCCUUUUGGCAUUCGUUCCUCUGGGACUCAGCAUGACACGCAUCACUUCCUCUAAAGCCUGCGGACCUUUCGUGAAUUUCAACCGGUCGUGGGACGUUGUUGGGCACACCAUCCAGAAAUUCCCUCUCACGUUGCAAAGAAUCCUGAAUGGCAUUUCUUCUGAGACUUUUGCCGUGCCUUUCUUCAUGGUUACCUGCUUUAUUGUGUUUUGUUUCAUUGCCUUGGCUGGCGCACACAAAAGAGUGAUUAAUCAACUGAGGGAACAAUUAGCUACGGAGAGUCGGGACAAGCUCUUCCUGAUCCAGCAAUUGACGAAAGCGCAGAUGCUUCGCUGGGAUCACAUUUUCGAUCCCCUCGAAGGGAACGUUACGUCCAAGCAAGGAGGUGCCGGCUUUAGCAAAUAACUGGAGUCUCUCAUCAUCGCAAACUGGGACGGACACGUUCAGUUUGCUGUAGAUGGAGGAUUGUCUGCAGCGCUGUCUUCGGUCGCGUUAAGAGUGCCCGACUGCUGUGAUGGCACCACACGAGAGUAAACUCUUCCUUAAAAAAAGAGG